CCUGUAUUUAAAGGGCGAGAAGCAGCCACAUUCGAACACCAGUGACGCGCGCAGCCAAUUACAACUUUGGCCGUUUCUUUUUCGAGAAAGCCUUGCUUCCCUGCUUGCUGCAAACCAUAUUGCGUAUUGCAACAUGGGCAUUGGUGGUGCGACUAAUUCGAUGCUGUUCCGCGCUGUCGGAGCGGUCAUCGCACUCUUGGUGAUCCGGCUCCUGUACCGGGGUUAUGUACAACGGUCGCGCGUGAAGGCACUGAAAGCGCAGGGAAUACCCAUUUUGCCUCACUCAUGGCUAUUGGGCCACCUAAAAGUCCUCGGCGACUGGCGAGCUGAGAACCCGCCGGACGCCAACUUCUACUCAUUCCACACAUGGCUUAUCAAGAACUGCAAAAGGUAUUUCCCAGACCUCGACUUCCCGCCGCCCGUCGUAUACUUGGACAUCUGGCCCGUCGAGAUUCCGCUGGCGCUUGUGUAUGACCCGGUCUCCGCCUCUCAAUUCGCACAAGCCCCGAGUCUGCCCAAAUCACACUUGUCGACAGAGUACCUUUUACCACUCACCGAUGGCCUCGACAUCGUGUCUAAUGAGGGCGCGGAAUGGAAGACCUGGCGGUCCAGGUUCAACCCCGGUUUCAGCCAGCGAAAUCUGCUAGCGAUGCUUCCCGCUCUCAUUGAGGAAGUCUCUAUCUUCGCCUCCAAAUUGGAAGAUCUAGCUGGGGCCAAAGGACAAUUCGGGCCCGUGUUUCGACUUGACGACAAGACAAUAAAUCUCACCUUUGAUAUCAUCUGUAGGGCAGCACUAGGUAUGCGCCUCCAUGAGCAACAGCGCACCGACUCCAGCUCCAGUCCCCUCAAGUCCGCUUUAUUAGACCAGAUUCGAAUUAUGAGCUCCGGUGCCAAUGCUGCUCGAGCUCUGCCACUAGGUCGCAUGCCCUGGGAUCUAGCAGCUGCACGACGCAACAAUAAAACCAUCAGGGAUUCCGUAAUGCCUCAAAUCCAGAAUAAACUCGUCCAGAAGGAGUCAAACGACUCUCAAGUCAAGACCAUUGUAGAUCUAGCGAUCAAGUAUAUUGACAAAGAUGAUCCUAACGCCUCGAGGGAGAAGCCCACCGAGGAAUUCGUCGACCGGCUCCUGGCUAAUCUGAAGGCCUUCCUCUUCGCCGGGCACGACACGACAGCCGCGACGAUGUGUUUCAUGGCGAAACUAUUGCAUGAUCAUCCUGAGUGUAUGGCGAAAGUGCGCGCAGAGCACGAUGCAGUAUUCGGGCCGGAUCCGAGCAAGGCAGCAGACGUUCUUACAGAAUCACCUCACCUCUUAUACUCGCUCCCGUAUACCCUUGGCGUCAUCAAGGAGACGUUAAGACUCCAUCCUCUCGCAGCGACCGUACGUAAAGUGCCACCAGGAUUCGCUCUGACAGCCCCAGGCUGGUCGAAUCGCUUCCCAAUGGACGGCUGGGGCGCGUGGUUGUCAGCUCCGGGGGUCGCCCGCAACCCCAACUACUGGGUGAGGCCCGAGGAGUUCAUCCCCGAGCGAUGGACAGCCCCUGAAGGUGAUCCAUUACACCCGGUGAAUAACAAUGCGUGGGCGCCAUUCUCGAUAGGCCCGCGAAACUGCAUUGGAAUGGAGCUUGCGAUGGUCGAGCUGAGAAUUGUGUCCGUUCUUACCGCCCGACGGUUUGACAUUGAGGAGGCGUGGGACAAGUGGGAUGCGCAGAAAAGUUCCAAGGCGACCCCCAAUGCCAAAAUCGACGGGCAACGUCUGUACUCAUGUGGCGACGGUAUUGUCCAUCCCAAAGAUGGCAUGCCAGUGCACGUGAGACUCCGGGAGCACGCACCCGUCGCCGUCUGAGCUGGUUUAAAUGCCUCAACAGGGAGGGCAUCUACCUACCUAGUCCGAUCUUCCGGUCUUGGGUGUACUUACUACGUACAUAGAUAGACAUGGGUUUUCUUCUCGCCGGUACUAGCGGAAUAAAUGGGAUAGGCAGCCAAGUAUGCGGCGGCUUGGUGUAUGGUG